AUGAAGAUGGAAGUGAGCAUUAAUCACAAAUUGUUUUCUAUCACUCAGCAAGUAUUUGUUUCUGCAUUUGUCAUUCAGCCAAGACAAGGAAAUUCAGAGUACCACAUCUUUUUUGUGUAUGAGGAAAACAAAGGAAGGAAACAAAGAAAUCAGCAGUGGUGUUAUGGCCCACCACCAGCAAGGGCUAGAGAGAAGAUUGUUACUACUGGUGCUCCUGCAAAUGAUAACAAAAACUUUGAAAUUGGUAGAAAGAAACUUUGUCUGGGAGGAGCAGAUUUUGGAUCAUGCAAGGACAGGCUUAGGGCACAAAUGAGGUAUUACUGGGUAAUGUUGUCUGUUGGGUUAGGUUUGCCAGAUGUUGAACCAAGCUAUGCCACCAGAGUUUGUGGAAAACAGGGCUAUCUGAACCGGAUUGUAGGGGGUACAGAUUCCCGGGAUGGAGAGUGGCCUUGGCAAGUGAGCAUCAAGCUGAAUGGACAUCAUCACUGUGGCGGUUCUCUUGUCACAAAUCAGUGGAUCAUCACAGCCUCACAUUGUUUUAGUCUGAUCAAAAAUCCUUCUAAUUUUACUGUACUAGUUGGAGCACUGAAGCUUUCGGACCCAGGGCCUCAGUCAAUCAUAGCCUCUGUGAAGCAUAUUAUUCUCAAUCCCAGCUAUGAAGGAGAUUCGAGGAUUGGAGACAUUGCCCUCGUCCAACUGGAGCAGCGACUGCCCCUCAGCCAACAGAUCAGCCCCAUCUGUGUCCCCAAUGCCAAUGUCAACUUCCUCCCAGGACAGAAGUGUUGGGUCACUGGCUGGGGGAACAUUCUAAGCAAAGAAGGACGACAGAAUUCUGAUAUACUACAAAAACUAGAAGUUCCCAUAAUCAGCACAAAAAAAUGCAACUCUCUCUACCGCCAAGACUCUAGACAGCGCAGGUCCUCAAGAGAAAUUAAAGAAGAUAUGAUAUGUGCUGGCUUUGCUGCUGGACAACGGGAUGCUUGCCAGGGUGAUUCAGGUGGUCCACUGGCCUGCCGGAUGGAAGAUUUUUGGUUUAUUGCAGGAGUAGUGAGCUGGGGAGAUGGAUGUGCCCAGAAGAAUCGUCCUGGAGUUUAUGCAAAAGUGGCAUACUACCAGAAAUGGAUCCACAGUCAAAUACCAGAGCUUAGAGACACCCAUGGGUCAAGAGUAAACAACAGUAGUAUCAGUCACAGUGCCUCUACUGGCAGUUUCAGUUUCAUCUCCCUCCUUGCUGCCACUAUUGUUUUGCAGCUAUUAUCCCAGCAGACUUUUUAA